UAUGCCAUAUAAACUUAUUUGCUAUAAACUGGCUACCUAGGUAAUAGUUAUCGGCUAAAAACAGAGUCUUAACCUGGUAUGUAGCGCGGUAGUUACUUUAGUUAGUUUGAAAAUUGAAAAAAAGCUGAAAAAGUAGAAUGGGACUGCUGCAACUACUAACAAAUUAAGAAGGAGACGCCAUAACUCUCUUCACAUUUUCAAAUUCCAUUCAGACAUUUCCACAAACACCAACCACGCAAUAUUCUCUCUCUCUCUCUCUCUCUCUGCAUUUUUCUACACUUCAACCAUUUUCAUCUUCUCGCAUUCUUCUACUUUUCAAUUUCAGAUCGCAUUUUCAAAGAUAAUGAUUGGGGCUUGAAAGCUGCGGUGGCCCGUGUGAUCCACACCGUCACAAAUCCUGACAAUAGAAUAGGACAAGCUUUAUGAAACAACUUGAAAUUUAAUAAAAUAGUUAAAUGUCGAAUUGGUGUAGUUGGAAUUGAAAGUUUAGAGAAAGGGUUGAGAAGGAAGUGAGAAAAUGGGGUCUAAUUCAUGGGAGGAGGCAAUGCCAGGCUCCACAGGGGAGGAGAGAAUUCUUGUUUCUGUUCGUGUGCGACCGCUGAAUGAUAAGGAGCUAGCAAGAAAUGAUCUGUCUGAAUGGGAAUGCAUUAAUGACACUACCAUUGUGUACAGAAGCAACCUUUCAGCUUCUGAAAGGUCUCUGUAUCCAACAAGCUAUUCAUUUGACAGAGUUUUUAGGACUGAUUGCCCCACAAGGCAGGUGUACGAAGAAGCAUCUAAGGAGGUAGCUCUUUCUGUUCUCAAUGGCAUCAACUCUAGCAUUUUUGCAUAUGGACAAACAAGCAGCGGAAAAACAUACACCAUGAGUGGUAUAACUGAGUAUGCUGUAGCUGACAUUUUUAAUUACAUAGAAAAGCACAAAGAAAGGGAGUUUGUCUUGAAGUUUUCAGCGAUGGAGAUCUAUAAUGAAUCUGUCAGGGACCUCCUUAGUAACGACACUACACCUCUCCGACUUCUUGAUGAUCCAGAGAAAGGCACAGUUGUUGAGAAACUCACCGAGGAAACUUUGGAAGACUGGAACCAUUUUACAGAUCUUAUUUCUUUCUGUGAAACACAACGGCAGAUAGGAGAGACAUCCUUGAAUGAAGUAAGCUCUAGAUCACAUCAAAUUCUAAGACUGACAAUUGAAAGUUCUGCACGUGAAUUUCUGGGAAAUUAUAAAUCGAGCUCUCUUGCCGCUUCUGUGAAUUUUGUUGAUCUUGCUGGAAGUGAGCGGGCAUCACAAACUAAUUCAGCUGGUACGAGGUUGAAAGAGGGAUGCCACAUAAACCGCAGUUUACUGACUCUGGGAACUGUCAUCCGUAAACUCAGCAAGGGGGGACGAAAUGGACACAUCCCUUUCAGAGAUUCAAAGCUAACCCGCAUAUUGCAGUCCUCAAUAGGAGGAAAUGCUAGAACAGCAAUCAUCUGUACCAUGAGUCCUGCACGGAGCUAUGUUGAACAAACCAGAAACACCCUCUUAUUUGCAAGUUGUGCAAAAGAAGUGUCAACUAAUGCAAGAGUCAAUGUAGUGAUUUCUGAUAAAUUGUUGGUCAAACAAUUGCAAAGAGAGUUGGCUCGGCUGGAAGCUGAGCUGAGAAAUUCAGGGUCAAACCGCCGUAAAGCUGAUUCUGCAGAAUUGCUGAGGGAAAAAGACCUCCAAAUUGAGAUGUUAAAGAAAGAGAUAUUGGAUCUGGCUUUGCAACGGGACCUUGCCCACUCUCAAAUUAAGGACAUGCUUCAAGUGGUGGGAGACGAUAUGUCCUCAAGUGAUUUGGAUAGUUUGGGUCCUCAGUAUCCCAAACUACGUGUACGAAAUUCUAUGGACUUAGAUAGUCUAAUAGACGAACCAAAUUUAUUAAAUUUUGACGCCAUUGAGAGUGUUAGAUCUUUUGAUGCUUCUCAAUAUUCAGAUGGACAUAGUGUUAGUUCCGAAGAUAACUAUUUCCAGCUCCCUGAUUUGGAAAAAAGUCUUCCCAUCAGGAAUUCUUUUCAAGGGGUGUCAAUUGUAAGUCAUGAUGCUGUAACGAAUGAUUCGGAUCAGGAGAUAGUUCAAGAACAGCCCGAUAAUAAAUUAGGCGACAUCUGUCAGAAAGUUCGGUGCCCUGUUUCAGAAGAUCCAAUUACAAACACAGAUUCGCACUCAAAUCCAGCAGGUUUGAGUACAAAUAAAGACACAGACUCGAAUGCGUCAUCUCCGAGGGCAAAUACGGCUGUCUCAGGGUUGAUAGAAGUUGAUAACAUAGACAAAGAAAAUCAAGACUUGUUCUCAUCUCCAGCGGAGAAUACGGCUGUCUCAGGAUUGACAGAAGUUGAUGAGAUAGACAAAGAAAAUCAAGACUUGUUCUCAUCUCCGGGGGAAAAUACAGCUGUCUCAGGAUUGACAGAAGUUGAUAAUAUUGACAAAAAAAAUCAGGACUCGUGUUCAUUACGGUUAAAGGAAAACAAAGAAUUGAAUCUGUUGCACCGAGAUUUUGUUCUACCCUCUAUAGAGAAAAUAAAGCCAUGGCUGGUAGAAAAAAAGCCAACUAGUUCUAGAAUCUUGAAAUUGACAAGAAGCAGAAGCUGUAAAGCAAGUCUCAUGAAGGAUUCAUCUUCAGAUUGGUUUGACCAGGAAGAAAUAAUUCAGAACACCCCCCCAAUAGGAAUCCAAAAAGACCACAUUGGAAGACCUAAGGAUUUUGAAAGGAAGACCUGUACACUAAAUUAUAAUCCCAAUGGUGAGAGGUUAUCCUGGGCUGGUUAUGGGAAUUGUGAGAGAUGUUCUGCUGUUGACACGCAGAACGUGAAAUCAUCGUUUGAUAUGGAAAUUGAUGAUGACAGUGAUUUAUCUCCAGUAAGAAAGGAAAAGAAAGAACGUGGAAGUUCAAAUCCACCGGUGAAUCAUGAGGUUGCUCCCAAAAAGUUCAAAAACAUUGGGUCGAACACAUUACAAUCUGAUGAAAAAAAGCAUUUGGAAGAAAAACAUUUGGAAUGGUCUUCAGAAUUUAAGCGGCUGCAGAAAGAGAUUAUUGAACUCUGGCAUUCAUGUAAUGUUUCAUUGGUCCACAGGACUUACUUUUUCCUUUUAUUCAAAGGGGAACCCUCAGAUUCUAUCUAUAUGGAGGUAGAGCGGAGAAGGUUGUCCUAUCUCAAAGAUAAUCAAAUUUUAGAAGAUGGACGGACCCUUACCCCUGAAUCAAGCAAGAGAUAUCUUCGAAGAGAGAGACAAAUGUUGAGCAAGCAAAUGCAGAAGAAGUUAUCAAAAUCUGAAAGAGAGAACUUGUAUUUGAAGUGGGGUAUUAGUAUGAGUUCAAAGCAUAGGGGGUUGCAAUUGGCUCAUCGCCUAUGGUCCGAAACAGAAGAUAUAAACCACGUUAGAGAGAGUGCUACCAUUGUUGCAAAGCUGGUUGGUACAGUUGAGCCAGAUCAUGCUUUCAAGGAGAUGUUUGGCCUCAACUUCGCACCACGUCGCAGAAUAAAGAAAUCUUUCGGUUGGACGACUAGUAUGAAGCAGAUUUUGUGAGAGUGAUUGUGUUGGAACAAAAUUACUGUAUAGGAAGUUUGAUUGGGCCAUGUAAAAAUUUCCCCUGGCUCCUUUUCUAUUAACAAUCUGAUCUCUACUUUGUGUUUCUGACUUCAAUUGCUAUUUGAUUGUAAAGAGAUUGAAGGAUGUGGAAUUCAAAGGUUUUACAAAAAAUUGAAAGGUCCUGCUAUUAGAAAUA